AAUAACACCACACUUUUGUCUGUAAACAAAAAAAAAAAAAUCUUCCCUUUCGACUUCUCUCUCUUCUUCUUCAAUUUCUUCACGAUUCUACUUUGCGUUAUCCCAAAAAUUCGCAACCUUUUCUUCUUUGCAACCACAAUGGGUCCGAUCGUAAUCACACAGCUAGCCACAGGUCUUAGCGUCUUAGCCGGUGCGGUUUUAGUCAAAUCGGUCAUGGACCAAAAGCCCAUGGCCGGUCCGUUCCCUCGUUGCCCGACCUGUAACGGUACGGGACGAGUCACUUGCUUCUGCUCUCGUUGGUCUGAUGGAGACGUUGGAUGUCGCAGAUGUUCCGGUUCGGGUCGUGCGUCUUGUAGCAAUUGCGGUGGUACCGGAACCGGUACACCUGUACCGGUUCAAAUCUCGGUUCGACCACCGAAUCGCCCUUUCUGAUUCCAAAGAUUUGUUUUGUAUAUUUCUUCGCUCUCUCUGUGUCCAUCUUGUAAGUUGAUUAUAUAUAUACUUUUGUUUUCACAGAAAGAGAAAUAGGAAAUUACUUUGCUUCCGGAUUCUUAUCUGUUUAUAUAUAUUAUUACACAUAGAUGAAAACAGAUUUAUAUAUGUAGCUUAUGUGAUUGUUUUUGUGAUGUGUUAAGACAGUCAAAAAGUCUGAAUCUUU